UUGGGCAAGUCGAUUGCGUGGCGCCGGCGUAGCGAGAGCUGGUGAAGCAAAUCGACCUCCGCGCGCGAGCGAACGACAGACACCGGCCGGCGUUUCUUACGGAUCGGCGAUUACUGCUGUUUGUUUUGUGGGUGCUGCUGAAUAUCACUGACUAAUUCACAAUGUGCGACGAGGAAGUUGCUGCGUUGGUAGUGGACAAUGGGUCCGGUAUGUGCAAGGCCGGGUUCGCGGGUGACGACGCGCCACGCGCCGUGUUCCCCUCGAUUGUAGGCCGACCACGCCACCAGGGUGUAAUGGUCGGCAUGGGCCAGAAGGACUCCUAUGUGGGCGACGAGGCACAGAGCAAGAGAGGCAUCCUCACCCUCAAGUACCCUAUUGAGCACGGUAUUGUCACCAACUGGGAUGACAUGGAGAAGAUUUGGCACCAUACCUUCUACAACGAGCUCCGUGUCGCCCCCGAGGAGCACCCCGUUCUUCUCACUGAGGCUCCCCUCAACCCCAAAGCCAACAGAGAGAAAAUGACCCAGAUCAUGUUCGAGACGUUCAACACUCCCGCCAUGUACGUGGCCAUCCAGGCCGUGCUGUCACUGUACGCGUCUGGUCGUACUACCGGUAUCGUGCUGGAUUCUGGCGACGGUGUCUCGCACACAGUGCCCAUCUACGAGGGCUACGCGUUACCGCACGCCAUUCUGCGUCUGGACUUGGCCGGCCGCGACCUCACUGACUACCUCAUGAAGAUCCUUACCGAGCGCGGCUACUCGUUCACUACCACGGCCGAGCGUGAGAUCGUGCGCGACAUCAAAGAGAAACUUUGCUACGUGGCCCUCGAUUUCGAGCAGGAGAUGGCCACAGCCGCCUCCAGCAGCUCGCUUGAGAAGUCGUACGAGCUUCCCGACGGACAGGUUAUCACUAUCGGCAAUGAGCGUUUCCGCUGCCCUGAGGCUCUCUUCCAGCCUUCAUUCCUGGGUAUGGAAGCCUGCGGUAUUCACGAGACCACUUAUAAUUCGAUCAUGAAGUGCGACGUCGAUAUCCGUAAGGACUUGUACGCCAACACAGUACUGUCCGGUGGUACUACUAUGUACCCUGGCAUCGCUGACCGAAUGCAGAAAGAAAUCACAGCCCUAGCUCCCUCAACAAUGAAGAUCAAGAUCAUUGCGCCACCAGAGAGGAAGUAUUCCGUAUGGAUCGGUGGGUCGAUCCUCGCCUCCCUCUCGACAUUCCAGCAGAUGUGGAUCUCGAAACAGGAGUACGACGAGUCUGGCCCUUCGAUCGUGCACAGGAAGUGCUUCUAAACGCGCAGCGCAGCGUAGCGUUGGGGGCAGCAGCCCGCGGCCUGGUCGGUCCGCGGCCGGCUGCUCAGCUCAGGCUUGUAAUCUCCGUUAAUUUAAUUGUACGUAAGAUAUUAUUGUAAUUAAAUCG